AUGGCUAUUUUCACGACUGGCCAGUCGCCACCAGCACUAUUCUUCGCUGCUCCAGCACCACCUCCUCCAGAUCCUUUUGCCAUCACACUUGCUCCAUAUUGGUUUCCUCCGAAAGCCACUGAACGGACCUCGUUGGCACCUCCAGCUCCAGCGCCACCGCCUCCACCUCCGCCAGCUCCUUUGGCUCCGCCUCCACCAGCUCCGCCAGCUCCUUUGGCUCCGCCUCCACCAGCUCCGCCUCCUCCGCCUCCUCCGCCUCCUCCUGCAGCUCCACCAGCCUUUCCACCUGCUCCAGCAUAA